AUCGAUCACAGACAUUCAUUCACCCGAUCCGAUCCAUCGAUGGCGGUCGACGACUCGACGCCUGCUGCUAAGAGUCGUCGACUAGAGAGAAGCGUCGUCUCUAGCAUCUCGAAUUUGCCGGAGCACCUCCAACAAGAGAUCUUCUCCCGCGUGGGCGACGUCAAGUCCCUCUUCAUGUUCGCCGUGACAAGCCGCGGGUGGCUCCGCCGCUUCACAGACCGGGCCUUCCUCCGCGAGCUCUUCCCCAGUCACGGCCGCCACGGCGCGCGCCUGCUCGGCGUCUUCCUGCAGGACGCGCCGUUCAAUCGCCCCGACACGUCGCUGAUGCCGGCGCAGAUGGCGCCGCCGCCGCCGGCGCAGCAGCAGCAGCGCGCGUCGUCGUGCGCGCCGACCUUCCUGCCGGCGCCGGGCUCGCCGCUGGGCGCCCGCCGUCUCGUCGACGACGCCGCCUUCGACAACGCCGACCUCCUAGCCGCGCACCGCGGCAUCGUGCUGGUGCGGCUCGCCCCGCGCACCCCUGACGAGGAGGCCUGCCACUUGUUCGGCGUCUGCAACCCCGUCACCGGCUACCGCCACGUCCUCCCACCCCUGGAGUGGAGCCUCGCCGGUAGCAGACUGAACGGCUACGCAAUCGUCACGGCCGCCGAUAUGCCGCAGCACCAUCCGCCGGCGACGGCGCGCUUCAAGUUCUCACAACUGCUCGUCAUCACCCAGCAAAUAGAUCUCCAUUAUCUGGUAGGGGUGGUGGACGUGUACGUGCACUCGUACUCGGCCGCCACGGGCAGCUGGAGCGAGCCCACCGGAUGCCUGGACAGCAACGCCUUCUCGCUGAUGGGCGACGGAUCGGCGGUCAUCCACCGUGGCGCGGCGCACUGGCUGUGCGUCGACGACGGCGGUUUGCGCUACCGGCCUUCAGUCUACAGACGCGGCUACCACACGUACACGCUCAGCGUGGACGUGGCCACCGCACGCGUCUCCCUGACAAGGAUCCCCGUCCGUGUCGGAGGCAAACAACUCCUCUACGUCACCGGCGACGGCGAGCUCGCGGUCGCCUCCGUGUACUUCAUAUACGUGAUUCUUUGGACUCAGGCAGCCGGAGGCGGAGGCGGAGGCGACACCACCCCUGCGUGGACCCGCACAUUGUUUACCAUACCAGUGGCGCCGGUGCCUUUCCCACACGUAGACGGGUAUCUGAAGCACCGGCUGGAGAGGUGGUGCAACUUCAGCCAUGGAUCGUUGCUCGCGCUGUUCAGGGCCAGGGGCGUCUUAAUCCUCGACCUUAACACCAAGGCCAUGGAGGAAGUCUCCAUCCCCGACUUGCACAACAAGGCGACGAUCUUCAUGGCUGAAUAUGGUGCUAAUCGGAAUCAGACGUGGCUGCCCUACGAGAUGGACGUGGUGGAGUUCUUCAUGCUCCACCUUGGUGGAGGUACUGUCUCAGAGAUUGGAUCUCCAUAGAUGUUACUAUUUCUUUCAUGCUAUUAUAUUUUUAGUCUCUUAGCUAUUUAUUUUUAGUCUCUUAGCUAUUUAUUUUUAGUCUCAUGAUAUUAUAUUAUUGUUACUUUUUUUAUGAU